GGACCAGGAGAGGAGGAGAAGAAAGAGUAGGAGAGAAAGCUUUGAAACAACAAAAGCGAACGCGAACCUAAAGCUGGCGUGUGGCAGAGAUGUAAGAGGCUGGUGAAGGAAGAAGCAGGGGAAGGAGAGGACUGUCGCCUGCCCGAGAGGGAGCCCUGCCCGGAACAUUCUCUGAAGAUGAGCCUGUUUAACGGACUCACAGACCAAACCUGCCACCGAUCACGAAGGAAACUGGAGGGGAAAAUAAGGGAGGAUUAAACUAAGGAGAAUAAGGAGGAAGAGGGACGGAGGAGGAAGAAGUGGAAGCAGGAGAGGGGGAAACGGGGAAAAACUGCAGAGCCCGGAACGACAGAUAAGGAGGAGAGGAGGGAGAACACACCGGGAGUCCUACACAUUCAGAGAGAGAGAAGGAGGAGAGAAGAGACACUGAGAAGUGGAGGAGGGACAGAUAAUUACCAGCUAAAGAAGUCUUUGGAAAGUAAACCUUUCCAAAUCUGGGAGAAACAACAUAAUUACUGUCAGCAUGCCCGCCAACGGGAACCAUCCACUGAAGCUCCAGUUUGGUCUGAUCAACCACGAGAGCCGCUACCUCACCCAUGAGGCCUUUGGCUUCAAGGUGAAUGCAUCGGCCCCCUCCCUGAAGAAGAAGCAGAUCUGGACGUUGGAGCAGGAUCCCAAGGACCAACAGGUUGUGUACCUGCGCAGCCACCUGGGGCGUUUCCUCGCCUCGGACAAGGAUGGCAAGGUCACCUGUGAGGCCGAGGAGCGAGCCACCGACUGCCGCUUCCUGAUUGUGGCCCAAUCAGACGGGCGCUGGGCCUUCCAAUCAGAGCCCUACCUGCGCUUCUUCGGAGGGUCACGUGACUACCUGUCCUGCUUUGCCCAGAUGAUCUCGGAGGCAGAGCUGUGGGCGGUACACCUGGCCCUGCACCCUCAGGCCAACCUGCUCUCCGUGGCUCGCCGCCGCUACGCACACCUAUCUCCCGAGGACGGCGAGGUGGCAGUGGACCGGAACAUUCCCUGGGGCGUGGCGGCGCUGCUCACGCUCGUAUACCGGGACGGGAAGUACCAGCUCCGCACCUGCGACAGCCGCUACCUGGGCAAUGACGGGAAGCUGUGCGCAGAGGGCAGGGAGAGGGGAACGGGGUACACCCUGGAGCUGAAGUGCGGGAAGCUGGCGUUUAAGGAUUGUGAGGGGAGGUACCUGUCCCCUAUGGGGCCCACGGGCACGCUGAGGUCAGGGAGGUGCUCCAAGCCGGGCAAGGAUGAGCUGUUUGACCUGGAGGAGAGCCACCCUCAGGUGGUCCUGAUGGCAGCCAACGGCCGCUACGUCUCCAUACGACAAGGAGUGAGUAUCUCGGCCAAUCAGGAAGAUGAGACGGACAUGGAGACAUUCCAGAUGGAGAUUGACAGAGAGAGCAAGAAGUGCAUGUUCAGGACCAGCAAGGGGAACUACUGGGCCCUGGUGGCCCAUGCGGGAAUCCAGACCACCAGCACACAAAUAUCUGCCGAUACCAUGUUUGCAGUGGAAUGGUUGGGCCACAGGGUGGCACUGCGGGCCAACAACGGCAAAUACGUCUGCACCAAGAAAAACGGGCAGCUAGCGGCCGUCAGCGACUCCAUAGGUGAGGAUGAGCAGCUGAUUCUGAAGCUGAUCAACAGGCCUAUGCUGAUUCUGAGGGGGGAGAAUGGCUUUGUGUGCCAUCACAAGAACUCCAACACUCUGGACGCCAACCGCUCCGUGUACGACAUCUUCAGCCUGCACUUCAGUGACGGGGCCUACCACAUCAAAGGUGUGGGUGGAAAGUUCUGGUAUGUGUCCAGCAGUGGUUUGGUCUGUACUGACGGGGAAACGCCUGAGGACUUCACUCUAGAGUUCCCGGAGCACGGUCGUAUCGCUAUCCGGGGCAAGAACGGGCGCUAUCUCCGCGGCGACCAGGGCGGCAACCUCAAGGGCGAUGGGCUCCGCCCACACAGCACAGCCCUGUGGGAGUACUGACACAACUGAGCCAGGACUGAGUUUAAUCUGUCAGCAACUCCAGUAGGUCCCCAUCACAACACAGAGGGCUCGUUGUGCAGUCGGUAGAGGGCUUAUGUGUACUCCAGCAAUGUGCAGCCAGAAUCAUCUUCAUCUUUUCACUUUAGUUUUUUCGCUUUUUACUUUUUACCAGCCAUGACCCCAAGGUCAAACGCCUCUUAUGGAGAUAACGGCACGGUAAGACAGUCAGGAGGAGACAGAGUUCUGCCCCCUCUUAAAGUAGAUUAUCCUGCUAACGGCAGGUCUGGGAUCAGACGUUUGGGGGCUUCAAUGCUCUAAAUACUUAGCAUGAUGUUGGUUAUAUCUGAUCGAGGGUCACCUCCGCCUGCUUCCUGUGACACCCUGGGCUAGAGGAUCCAGUAGGAUCUUUUACAGGAAGACUGGGGAGAGUGGGAGGUGGAAGUGAUGAGUAGAGCUACAUUCAGGACCUUCACCACCUUACCUGUUUGGGGAAGGUGUUUAUUCUUCACCUGUCUGAAUCAGCAUG